UUAAUCAUAAACAUUCAUGUUCAUUUAUUUAUUGAGACAGUUCUCAAUUGCCUAUAAUCUUAACUUAAUCAUAAAGAAUCUAUGUCUCGAUAUUUGAGAUCUAGAUAAACUCGUUUCCCAACGACCUGUCUCAUCGUCGAACGUUAAUGAGAUCAUCGUCGAUCGAGGAUCGUCAGUUCGAAGGGAAAGUCUCUCGAGGGCAUAGCAUGUGCAACGUCAAUCUUGUUAACGACGCAUUCAGCGUAACGAGAGAGCAUUAGCGUUCGCGUUUCCCAUGUUGUUCGUUUUGGGCGUGUAAUUACACGCUUCGACAAAAACGUCGAUAACUGUGCCAGCGAAAACCAACGAAGCCAACGAAUUAGUAAGCGCCACCCGCGUCGCUGGCAUUCGCUGCGCCGACAGAGUUCCUGUUCUGCCAUAAUCUCUGGUUCUACCUCGAGUCGAUUGGCUUUGUUUCGACUGUACUCGGCGUCGACUUCUCAUGAACGUACAACCUGUGCUGUCGCACAGGGGCCGUUUAGAAGAAUCUCGCGCUCCGUCUAAAGAAUUCUACCUCCUAAUUAUCUUCAAUUAAUUUGAUUUCUUCAAUGUCACUCUCGUUGAAAAAUGAGAACACCUCGUGUUUCCACAGUAACACCCCAACGGAAGUAAAAAGCAGGUGACGCACAAACGUGUCCGUUGUUAUCAUAGCACACGUUCGCCUAACCCCACACCUAACGUAAGGGAAGAAUUCCUCAAUUUAAUCGAUUCCCCGUCGAAAAAUGUCUCGUGAAUCAGACGAGCACAGGACAGAAGUAAAGAAAGCAAAAAUAUAAACAACUGGAAGAAUGUACGAACGGUAGACGCCAUUUAUCGUUCGAGUGAAAACAAAAGCGAUGGGCGGAUGAUACGUCUGACAGAUGUCAAAAUUUCCAGUCCCAUCUGCUCGAUGCAGUAAACCCAAAAGAAAGGAAAAUGGCGAGCACCGCGACCGUAAACAUUGCCUACGGCCAGAGGACGAUGUGAGAGGACGAGCGCGUAACAAUGGAAACGCAACGAGGAUGGACGUGUCUGCGACGAUCACUCGAGAGCCCAUUAGGAAGCGUGCCAAAAUCGGUAACAAGUGCACUGCGUGGAUCGUGGACACGGCAUCGUUCCCUACGACGGGAAUCGCUUCGUUACCAGUGGAGAUCAUCUUCAAAAUCCUCUCCUACCUCGCGUACAAGGACCUGUGCACAGUCAGACGCCUCUCUUUAUACUUCGAGCAACUUGCGCGCGACCCAUUUCUGUGGCGAACUUACGAGGUGACGAACAACGAACAGGACACUAUGAAGGUGAUCACGGAGCUGAAGAGGAUGCCCUUGCUGAGGACGUUCAGCAUAAGCGUCAGAGCGGACUGCGACGAAAUCCUGCGACAGUUACCGAUCACGAACAAAAGGCUCGAGGAGUUGCACGUUACCAAUUGCACAGGCUCGACGUCGAAACUGUACCUACGCUCUGCUCAGCUGAUCCGCAUACUGGAGAGGUGCCGCAAUUUGCACACGAUCAAUAUACUCGGUAACAGAUUCCGCGGUCGGAAAUUCUAUCGGCUCCUGGCCGGCAUGGGCCAGCAGCUCAGAACCUUCAACGCCCCAGCGACGAGUUUGCAGUUCUGCACCUUCAUCAAGUGCAUCAGUCAGAUCACGGAAGAGGACCGGCAGACGAUCUGCUCGAUCUGUGCCGGUUCGAAGAACUGGGAGCCCUUGUACUACUUCCUGAGGAGACGAUCCGACCGCGACUCGUCCACGAUCCUGAUCAGCUACCUCAGCAACGACAUUGUGCUGACCGACGUUGGUCGACCUACUCGCAACCUCUCCAUCACCGUAGCAACGCGUUCCUGACACGAGCAAGAAACGAACAGGGGUUGUUCGGUGUCGUGACAAUGUAAAAAGUGUAAAAAGCUCGCAACAAGGCAAUUUCGUCCGAUUUUUAUCACACUCCGCUAAGGAUACGUGUGUACUCUGUUACGUUGUACAAAUACAUAGGCACUAUGCAUACUUUUCCUGAGAAGGCCAGUCUUUUCGAAAUCGGCACAGCGAUCUAGGUAACGAAGGUGAUCUGGAUAGAUCGAUACUUUGGUAGAGUGUAUAGUGUGGUAAGUAGACGAAAAUUAAGAAAAUGAUAAUUGGAAAAACGUGCUUUUUAAUUAAGUUUUACGACUUCGCAAGAUUCGUCGUCAAACUUUAAUUACCAAACUGUGAAUAUUCAUGCAUUUGUGACAUACGUGAAUAUACAAGGGUGUGCGGAAACGCGUAAAAAUACUUUAAUACAAAUUUCUACCCUUCGUCGGAAUGUAUUAAAAUACGAAUUUGCAUAAACA